CCUAAUCCACAAACCAUAGAGCCAGCGCAAGAAUGAAGAAGAAGAAGCAAAAGCCAACCACUCCCAAUCCCGCCGCCGAUGAAUUUGGUGGUGACCUGAAAUCGAUAAUCCAUGCACACAGCGAGUAUUUUGAUCACUUGAUAGAACUGAUACCCCCGAGAUUCUACCUGUCGAACGACGAUGCAGAUUCCAAACCGUGGUAUCAGGGCCUCUCAAAAGCGGCGAAGGCCUCCUUAAAGCAGCAGUCCAAACAAAACCUUAAGCUAGCCCGCCGCCAACGCUUCGACCCCGAUAAGGAACCUUCCUCCACCCUCCAACUCCUCCAACAACAACAAAACAACAAAACUCCCGUUCCCGGUGAGAGCAAUUUCACCAAUCUUGAAGAUGGUGAAUCUGGGGCUAAGCCCGUCGAUGUGGAGGAGAAUAAGAAGUCGGUUACUUACGAGGAGCUGAGAGAAAAGCUGCGUCGAAAGAUUGAAUUGUUGCGCGGAAACCGCGGUGAGAAGAAAAAUGAUGAAAAGAAGUUGAAGAAUGAUGGGAAUAAGAGGAAGAGGGAUGGUGAGAAUGAUGGAGGGCAGAGCGGGAAGGGAGUGCAUUUGGAUGAGGAUGAAGAUGGCGAGGAGAUAAUUGAAUAUGGGAAGGUGAGAUUGGGAGACGAAGAGGAGGGGAAACAGGGGAAGAAGAAGAAGAGGAAAUUGCCAAAGGCCAAGGAGUUGGAGAGGGUGAAGAGAACAGAGGAGGUGAAGAGGGAGAAUCCCAGUGCGGCUGAACGCGAGUCAUGGAAGGCGGCAACGAGCAGGGCAAUGGGGGUGAAGGUGCAUGAUAGUGCACGUUUGAUUAAGGAGAGCAUGAAGAAGGAGAAGAGGAAGAGGGAGAAGAAUAAGGAGAAGUGGAAGGAGAGGGUGGAAACCCAGGAGAAGAUGAAGGAGGAGAAACAGCGGAAGAGGAAGGAGAAUAUUGUGGGGAGGAUCAAUGAGAAAAAGAUGAGGAAGAUUGCCAAGCGGGAGAAGAAAUUGAUGAGGCCUGGUUUUGAGGGUCGGAAGGAGGGCUUUAUUACUCCAGAGUGAAGAUUUAUGUUAUUGGCAAUCUUUUACUUUCUUUCUUCCUAUUGAAUUAGGAUUGACAAUGUCAAUUGUUAGUUCUUACUAUGUUGUUCAAGGAAUUUUAUGAUUAUGAGCAUCCAUGAAUCACACCUAGUGUCAUUACAUGUUAUACUAUGCUUAUAGAACUGAUGAUUUUCCUUAUUCUGGUCAUUAGAACAUGGUAUAAAAAAGCUCUUGCCUGAUUUCAGAU